CUCCUCGUCCUUGGCGAAUUCUAGCGACCCCUCGCUAAAUGAUACAUCGCACUGAGCACCAAGUAGCAGCUGUGAAAAAAAAAAAAUAUUUGUGAGGGAUUGCAGACUCAGACUCAUCACUAUACCCCGUGAACUGUGCAAACCCCUUAAGUUACUAUUAGUAUUCUACUACUAGGUAGGACGGAAGUAUGUCUAGAACCAAUAAGAUUGCUGAGCUUGAAAAGGAGGCACAGAAAUCCUUCCCUUACUUAGUGUCGGAUGAGAAGUCAUCGACACUUCGAGAUUCUGAAAAUUUGACCUUGGAGUCAAAGACUCAGACUCAGACUCAGACUCAGAUUGACAUUAACACUAAGAGUCAUACUAAACCUCAAGUUCAACCUAAACCAUGGGUCCAUUUUGUGGCUGGUGGAAUAGGUGGAAUGGUUGGAGCAAUAGUGACAUCACCAUUGGAUGUUAUUAAGACUCGAUUACAAUCAGAUGUAUAUCAUACAAUGUAUAAUAAAGCUCCUAAAUCUAAUAAUCCACUAAUUCAAACUGCUCAACAUUUAAAGGAAACUGGAUCAGUAAUUCGAGAUUUAUAUAUAAAUGAAGGUUAUCGAGCUUUAUUUAAAGGUUUAGGACCAAAUUUAGUAGGAGUAAUUCCUGCAAGAUCAAUAAAUUUCUUUACUUAUGGUGCAACAAAGGGAUUUAUUACAACUAAUUUUAAUAAUGGACAAGAAGCAACUUGGAUUCAUUUAUUAUCAGGUAUUAAUGCUGGAUUUGUUACUUCGACUGCCACUAAUCCAAUUUGGUUAAUCAAAACUCGUUUACAAUUAGAUAAAUCUAAAGGUAAACAUUAUAAGAAUUCCUUUGAUUGUUUUAAACAUGUACUAAAAAAUGAAGGUUUUAAAGGUUUAUAUAAGGGAUUAAGUGCUUCAUAUCUUGGAGGUAUUGAAUCGACUUUACAAUGGGUAUUAUAUGAACAAAUGAGAAUGUUUAUAUAUAAAAGAUCUCUUGAAUUACAUGGAACUGAUCCAAAUAAUAAAAGUACAAGAGAUCAUAUUUUAGAAUGGUCAGCAAGAUCUGGAGCUGCUGGAGCUGCUAAAUUUACUGCUUCAUUAAUUACUUAUCCUCAUGAGGUUGUAAGAACUCGUUUAAGACAAGCACCUUUAGAAUCAACUGGUAAACCUAAAUAUACUGGAUUAAUUCAAUGCUUUAAAUUGGUAGUUAAAGAAGAAGGUCUUGCCAGUAUGUAUGGUGGUUUAACCCCUCAUUUAUUAAGAACUGUUCCUAAUUCUAUCAUUAUGUUUGGUACUUGGGAAUUAGUCGUUAGAUUAUUAUCAUGAUUAUCAUUUAAAAUUCUAUCAUUUUCUUAAUUCGUCUUUUUUAUUCUUUUAAUACCGGGAGUUCAGUUUUUUUUUAUCUUGUCGUCAAGUGGUUAAUGGUUUGGGUUCUUCUAUACAAUGUAACUCUAUUAAAAUAUCUUGUACAUACUCAUCAGCUUGUAAAUAUUAUAUACAUUUAUAUACUUAUACACUUAUACAUAAUCAUUAUUAUAAU